GUCUGCGCACUGCAUCCCCAGCCGUAGCUCGCGGCAGUGUUCCUGUGGUCGGGGUGAUUGUCUCCUCCAUACAAAGCCUGACUGGAUAAUCAUACCCACCGGCGGGCCGCGCUGACGUCUUCACCACCCAACCCCGCUGUACACGGCUGCAAAGGUCAGGGGGAAACCUCCGAAACUGGUCCGAUCGGUGGAAUUACUGCUUUAUUCCGGCAGGCGCAGGGUUAUGGCGAUGUUUUGCGAGUUAAAACUCCGCACGCAUACGGUUUGUGUGGACACCUACGUCGGGUAACGUUGAUGUAUUAUUCAGUGCGUCGUAAAGCAUUCUAUUGGCAAGAUCUUCGGGAACAGUGACUUUGUACAUAAAUAGAAAAAGGACUAUUCAAGAGACCUGAUUACAUCAAGGAAUAAGCCGCUGAAUAGCUGAGCUCGGUUGGACUGGACUACAAACACGGGAACAGCGAGUAGUGUACUUCCGACAGGAUAGACGGCCGGUGAGUCAUCACAAGUCGCCGUGGGACAUACGAGCUUCCCUCACACACCGGCAACCAAGGCCGACAUGCAACAAGGAAGCUGAGUAGGCACGAGUCGUCUUACACAGUCAGGAAACCUUCUUACAGGACUACCACUUAAUACAGUUUGUCUGUCUGCAGAUUUGGCUGGACUGACAGAGAUGGUGCUCCAGAGGACUGGUGACGUCACGUCGUCGUCCUGCCGCUGUCUGGACUCGUGGCAGUGGUCCCCUGACCUGGUGGUGCCCGGCUCCACCCAGCCGUACGUGCGGGUAUCUCUACAGCCCACCGCCAGCGAGUACAUGACGGUAGAGUCCAUGUUCAUGGCCUCCAUGGCCUCGGAGGGCGCCGUGAUGCAGAGAAUCGACAAAGUGGAGAACCCCAAUCUUCUCGCCAGAUAUCAAAGUAAGAAAGCCGCCCUGUCAGAACGCUUGUCGCCUGACUGCAUCAACGAAGUCCAGGCGUUCCACGGCACGACGCCUGACUGUGUGGACGGGAUCUGUAAGUCCAGUGUCAUCCCGUACGGCAAGGGCGCGUACUUCGCCUGGACCGCCAUCAGAAGUCACUGUUACACGGAGGAGGACGCAGAUGGGCUCAGGUACAUGAUCCUGUCCCACGUCAUGUUGGGGUACUGGACGGUGGGCGAGCCCAGGCCGCUCAAACCAGGCCUUCCCGUGAUCCUGAGGGGGAACCAUCUCACACACGGCGACUCUGCCAUAGACCAGGCUCACAACCCGCAUGUCUUCGUCACGUGGGACCAGUACCAGUCCUAUCCUUCAUACGUCAUCGUCUACAGAGCUCCAGACUGCAUACACAGGCAGUUGUCCGUUCAACAGGAGGUGAUGCAGGCCAUGAAGAAGUGGGACAAGGAGGCCAAGAAAAGAGCGCGGCACAGUCGGAGGAGAAAAGACACAGCUUCCUGCGUAGUCAUGUAGUUAGUGUAAUCAUCUCACUGCCAUCACGUGUCUAGACAACAUCACACGCCACGUUCAUGGGUGUUGACAUGCUGUUUAUAAUAUCAUACAUGUAGUUCCUGUUCCUAUGUUGAAACUUAUUGUUAUUAGUUCGUUUUCAGUCUUAUUGUUCAGGAUAUAGUUUAGUAACUUGUCGUAUACUUUAGUACAUUGUACCCAUCACAAUUGCGUAGAGGUACAGGUAACCUUUCAUUGACUCGUUGUGUAACUAAAAAGAAACGAUUGUUCUGUAACUGAGAAUCAUUUUAAUAUGAGUAUAAAAAUGUAAAGUAUAUCAGCAUUAACAGCUUCUCUACAUGUGUUGUCAGAAGAAUAUCAUGGUGAUCUGAUUCAUGCACAGGUUUCUCUAAACACGCAGAUUUUUGCUAAAACGUUUCUGAUCUGGAGUAAUCCAAAUAGAUCCUGGAUAGUUUGCCCGUGAUUGUGAAGCACUGCGUUGUGUAGACACUGUUGUUCAUCAAGCACACCAGAAAUACGUAUCACUUAGAAUUAUUAGUAUCUAGUUGUUACCUGGAAUUCCGUGAAUGCCUUCAAUAGGUUAGGAUGCAUCAUAUUGGCAGGGAUUAGUACAUAGCCAUGUUAGGAAGGAAGGGCUGUAGUAGGGUAUGUUUGCUAUUAACAAAAGCACUACAUGUAUGAAUCUCAUUUAUAAUGACAAUGCCAUUAUCUUCUACAAUGUGUACUUUUGCCAAAUUGAUGUAUCAGUGUCACUACCAUUCCUGCUGUAAGUGGAAGACAGCACAUUAUUCUUCCAUAUCAAGCUAGCUUUCUUGCAUGUCUUGUUGCCAACGUCUGCAUCAGCCUGUUGUAUUUCAAGUCUUAUGUUAUGUGUGAGCAAUGACAACGAUGUUACAUGCAUGCAAUGUUUCUAUUUGAUAUAAUGUGUUUAUG